UUUUGGAUUACGAUGAGAUAGGACUUUCUUAUCGAAAAGCCCAAUCGUGCAAAAGUCGGUCUAUUUUCCCGUAGCGUAUAAAUUGUCAUCGUCGGUCGUGAACUUCUGUUAGCCUUUCGUCUACAGUUUCCAAAUUCUCAGCAAAAACCUAACCAAAUUCUAGUUCCAGAUGGGCAAUUCUUGCUUUGGCCUUUUUACCUGCAUAGACCAAGCAAGCGUAGGCGUCUUGGAGAGGUGGGGUCGGUUCGAGAAGCUGGCCGAACCCGGUUUCCAUCUCCUGAACCCGUGCGCUGGUCAAUGGGUCGCCGGUGUCCUCUCCACCAGGAUUUCCUCUCUCGAUGUCCGCAUCGAGACCAAAACCAAGGAUAAUGUGUUUGUGCAAUUAGUGUGUUCCAUUCAAUACCGGGUGGUGAGAGAGAAUGCUGAUGAUGCUUUUUAUGAGUUGCAAAACCCCAAAGAGCAGAUUCAAGCUUAUGUCUUUGAUGUGGUUAGAGCUCUGGUGCCGAGAAUGACAUUGGAUGACCUCUUUGAACAGAAGGGUGAGGUUGCUAAAGCUGUCUUGGAGGAACUUGAGAAGGUUAUGAGAGAAUAUGGAUACAGCAUAGAGCACAUACUGAUGGUUGACAUCAUACCGGAUGCCUCUGUGCGCAAGGCAAUGAAUGAGAUUAAUGCAGCUCAAAGGCUCCAGCUUGCUAAUGUAUACAAAGGAGAGGCAGAGAAGGUGCUUCAGGUGAAAAGGGCAGAAGCUGAAGCUGAGGCCAAGUACCUUGGAGGAGUUGGUGUUGCCAGGCAGAGGCAGGCAAUCACUGAUGGGUUAAGAGAGAACAUCUUGAAUUUCUCAGGCAAAGUGGAAGGAACCUCAGCAAAGGAGGUGAUGGAUCUGAUCAUGAUCACUCAGUACUUUGACACAAUUAAAGACCUUGGCAACAACUCAAAGAACACUACUGUUUUUAUACCCCAUGGUCCUGGUCACGUCAGAGACAUCGGUGAUCAGAUACGCAAUGGACAACUGGAGGCAGCUAGUGCUCAAGUAAAUGGCGAGUAAAUAUACCCUGUUGUUUAUACGAUCCUGAUCUCAAUACUUUUUUGUUGAAUUCAAAAUGACACGAACAGGUUAGGGUCUUUAUAUAGAACAUAGUUAUGCAAUCCCAUAUGUUUAACUUUAGUGCAUUUGUUUUUGCAUUUAUUUUUUUUUAACAUGCAGAGCAUGGUGUGCUUAACCCGUGCAGAUGAUGUAUCUAUGUAAAGAAAUAGUAAUGCAGCCCAAUAUACACAGGUCUGGUUUGAAUAAAAGUUUUUACUAUUGAUCAA